UCUACGAUUAGACAAUACAUUAUGCUUCCAAUAUCUUCCCAGGCGGUAGUAUCUCCCUGUUUUAUAGCUGCCUACUGCCUACCUACUAUCCAGAAAUAUUUGCAGUCGUCAAAUUUAUAACUGUACAAACUCUUGUGCUUAGUCACUGGACUAGCUGUGCUUCUCCCCACAUCAUGUAAGCUCCUACAGUUAAAAAAAAAAUUGGGCAAUGUUUUUUUAAUUUCUCACAAGAUGCCUGUUUGAAUAGAUCUGGCAAUACCAUUUGUCUGGUCUUUCUUUGCUUCAUCUAUGUUUAAAAAAAUUGUCUCGUCUUUAUAUUCAUUGCCUUCCAUAAAUAAUGUAGUAACUCUUUUACCUCAGACAGGAUAACAUUAGCUAGGGGUCUCUCACUCCUGCUGAAAAUAUAAUAUUUUAUAUAUUUCUCUUUAAGGCAUCAAUCGCAGGAGUACUGUAUAUGCUUAAGUAAUUCAUAACUUUCAACAUCAAGAUUCAUCACUCAUCAGGGACUCAGGUUAGUUCCAUUAGUAUUCAUGAAACUCACCGCCAGAGCUCGGUGUGUUCUUUAAAUAUUUACCGAGCAAUUAAAAGGCAGCAAAAUGAAUUUAACGCUGUCGAGAGAAACUGAUUUGUGAUGGUGUGUGUGGUGGUGGUGUUGCAGGUCUGUGUGCUUUUUUUGUCUGUGAUUAUAGUCGACUUUUUGCGGUAACAAGUUUGUAAAAUCAACUUGUGUGACAGUUGUCAACGUCAUUUCACUCAGGUUGAUACACCUAGUACAGUAUAUAUUUAUACAGAUAGUAUAUACUGCAUUGAUGGAUGAUGACAGCUGUCAAAAUGUUUCAACCUCAACGAUUUCUGAAAGUUAAACCCCUUGCGUGCUGCAGCCGGGAAUGUAUCGACUCGUUUCACUGUGAAAUAUAUAUGAAAGAAUGCUAGCUGCCGCAGGAGUCCACCACGCAUGAGCAAUGUCGUGGCACUUGUAAUAUGAGGUGAGGUAGCUCAAAGUGACAGGCAGUAAAAAUGGCACCUACAACACUGCCAUUGCUACUGACGAUAGCGUCACUCGCCAUGCUGACAGUCACUCACACCCUUGCCGCCUUACUGCUGACGUCGAGGUCACAUAUGACUUGGAGUAAAGUGGGUGAAGCUUCGCAGCAACUGCAACAAGCCAUUGUGGAGGCAGUUGAGGGACCGUUGCAAGAGAAGUGGGUCGUCCUUCUGGUUGAUGCCUCAGCUGAGUCCCUUCUGCUCUUCGACCACCUCCUAGACUCCCUCCAUGGCGGACAUCGCCCACGACCACUACUUCUCCUGCGUCCAGGACCUGACUGGCAAGAUCACCUGCCUCCACCAUCUGUCCUCACUGGCCGGUGUGCAGUUCUCUUAGUGACGGCCAGCUGGCCCAGCUGGCUGGCAGAGGCUGGAGACAAGUGGACCCCAGCCAUGAUACUUGUCAUAAACGUCAACUCCUCGUGGGACGCCGCCCACCUGAUGAAGUGGCCUCAGCUGCAACUCUCCCCCUCCCUCACCCUCAUGGAGGCCUCUUACAGUAAAUGGUCCUUCACGCCCCUCGUGUAUACAUCACGUCCACUUUCCAGGGACUGCCAGGGUCAUCGACUCACCAAGGACCUUCUGGGAGUGUGGGAUGUGGCCGUCUUCUCCAAGGAGAAUCGUCUCUUUCCUGAUCGCUUCCACACAUUCGACGGAGAGGUCCUCCAUGUUGCCUCAGACUUGGACGACUACCCACUGAUUUAUGAGGACGGAGACAAUGUGGACGGCACCAGCAUCAGGAUCUUAAGGAGUUUAGGCUCGUGGCUCAACUUUACCUUCACCACCACACAACAGGCCGAGGACGGCAAAUGGGGAGAACUGGAGAACGGAACUUGGAACGGACUGCUGGGGGAAGUGUACCGCUCCACCAAGAACAUCACUGUCAACUACUUCACCGUGGUGUACGACCGUCUGCAGGACUUCGACCACACCACCACCUACUUUUACGAGGGUUUUGGCUUCGCCCUAAGGAUCCCCCCGCCACUGCCUGCCUGGAUGAGCCUUCUCUAUCCCUUCACUCCCGUACUGUGGGCAUGUGUUGGUAGCGCCCUGCUGCUGACCACGCCCACACUGUACUUCUUAACCCGUGCUGCCUCACAUAACAGGGCGUCCAUACAAGAUGCAGCCAUUACAGUCUUUAGGAGUCUGGUGCGACAAAGCUCCCCCAGGGUGCCAGAGGUGGGGGCGGUGCGACUCCUGCUGGCACCUUGGUGGGUAGGCUGUCUCAUCCUGGUGGUGACUUACACGUGUAACCUGAUAGCUGUGUUGACCGUGCCUGUGUUCCCGUCCACCAUCUCCACUAUUGAGGGUCUCGCACUCAGCCAGUUCAGAAUGAGCAUGGUGGACUACGGAGAGUUCGUACCCGAGGCAUUGGCCACAUCCCAGGACCGCUACCUCAAGGCUCUGGGGGACCGGAUGGAUCUAGUCUUUAACCACAAAGAUGAUGAUGUCAGCUAUGGCGAGCUGCUGCAGCUGUGUCUCGACGGUGGCCAUGCCAUUACUGACACUUAUUCUUACCUGAGGAACCUGCUAGAGGAGGAUGUGAGGACAAGUGAGACGACAUACAUGUUGCGGGAACAGGUGUACUCAGGGGCGCUCGCCUUCUUCCUGCCUAAACACACACCUUGGCGACCCAGGCUGGACCAGGGCAUCCGCCGCUUGGUGGAGGCUGGACUCGUCAACAAGUGGUACUUUGAUAUCAUGGGCGAUGUCGCGACACCCGGAAGACAGUCAUCCAAGGGCGCUGCCAGCGAGAAGCCCCUGACACUCCCUAACCUGCAGGGGCCCUUCCUCCUCCUGUCCAUCGGCCUCCUGGCUGCCUUCCCCCUCUUCCUGGGAGAACUUGUCACCCAAUAAUAAGCCAAGGUUCAUGAACGAUUUGUAUGAAGUGUUGCCUAAGGUGACUACA